CUCUAAUUACUCCUAUCCUAUACAAAAUGACUAAACCAACAAUGAAGGUCCUCGUCACUGGUGCUGCAGGUCAAAUCUGUUACUCUCUCAUUGGUAUGAUUGCUAGUGGUCAAAUGCUCGGUUUCGAUCAACCAAUCAUUCUCCACUUGCUCGAAGUCCCAGUUGCCAUGGACGCUUUGAAGGGUGUUUGUAUGGAAAUUACCGAUUCUGCUUAUCCAUUGGUUAAGAAGGUUGUUGCUACCUCUGAUUACCAAGAAGCUUUCACUGAUAUUGAUGUUUGUAUCAUGGUUGGUGCUAUGCCAAGAAAGGACGGUAUGGAAAGAAAGGAUUUGUUGGAAAAGAAUGCUUCCAUCUUCAAGGGACAAGGUGAAGCUUUGGAAAAGUAUAGCAAGAAGUCUGUUAAAGUUCUCGUUGUUGGUAAUCCAGCCAACACUAACUGUCUUAUUGCUAAGACUUAUGCACCAUCUAUUCCAGCUGAAAACUUCUCUGCUCUCACUCGUUUGGAUCAUAACAGAGCUAAGGCUCAAGUUGCUGAUCGUCUCGGUGUCAAUGUUUCCGAUGUUCACAAUGUCACUAUUUGGGGUAACCACUCUUCCACUCAAUAUCCAGAUGUUUCUCACGGAUAUGUCACAAUUAAUGGUGAAAAGAAGUCUAUCACUGAAGCUGUCAAUGAUGAUGCUUGGUUGAAGGGUGAUUUCAUUAGCACUGUUCAAAAGAGAGGUGCUGCUGUCAUUGCUGCUAGAAAAUUGUCUUCUGCCACAUCUGCUGCUAAGGCUAUUGUCGAUCACGUCCAUGAUUGGGUUUUGGGUACUCCAGAAGGUGAAUGGGUUUCUAUGGCUAUUCCAUCCGAUGGUUCUUACGGUAUUCCAGAAGGUGUUAUUUAUUCAUUCCCAGUUACUUGCAAGGAUGGUGUUGUCACUAUUGUUCAAGGUUUGAAGAUUGAUGAUUUCUCCAGAAACAAGAUGGAAGUUACCGAUAAGGAAUUGAGAGAAGAAAAGCAAUUGGCUUUGAACUAAAUUGUGUAUAAAUAUGUAAAAUUUAAAAUUGUAC